UCGAACUGAUCUGUCCCCGCCCCGUUGGGUAUCGGCUCGGCAUCCUUCCUCUAUCCCCCAAUUCCUUUUUCUGGACCAGAACCGUCCCACCUGAGAAUGAGCCGAAAGCUCGCCCCCGAAGCCAAUCGGAUUCUCUUUGUCAAGAACCUCAACUACAACGUAACUGCUGAGCAACUGUUCGACCUUUUCGGCAAGUUCGGGCCCAUCCGGCAAAUACGUCAGGGAAUCGCGAACAACUCGAAAGGCACCGCAUUUGUCGUAUACGAAGACGUUCACGACGCCAAACAGGCAUGCGAUAAGCUCAAUGGAUUCAAUUUCCAGAACAGAUAUCUCGUCGUCCUAUAUCACCAGCCGGAAAAGAUGCUUAGGUCGAAAGAGGAUAUGGCGGAAAGGCAAGAGAAUCUGGAACGUCUUAAACAGCAGCACGGUAUAGAAUGACGUUAUGAUUCUUUUUGUCGCUUUCUCUGCGUACCCUUUUCCGGCAUCUGGCCGCGUUUUAUUAUGGGUUGGUUGUGGGGUUUCUGGCGUUUUACUCUGAUGGAUUUCGUGACUC